AUGCAAUACAAGGAUUUUAUAAACUUACAACAACUUUCUUCUUCAUUAAUAAAGAAUAAAAAAGUUGACACUGAAGGUAAUAUAAUGAACUGGUUGAAAGUUAAAUGUUUUGAAUACAAAACAAAUAAUCCUUAUAUUGUUGAGCUUAAAUGUUUAUAUUCAAAACCAUUUCCAAUAAGUCAUGAAAAGAAAAAGGACCUACUUAAGCUAUGUGAAAAGAAUGUAAUACCAGAUAUUAUGUUUCAUACAUUUUAUAAAAGUUUGCCAAGUAUUCCUCUUAAAAAAGAUAAAGCUCCAGAACCAGGAGAAUCCGAUUCAGAAUUAGAUGAAGAUUAA